CCAAUCCCAAUCCCCACCAGAACCCAACCCCUUCACAAACCGCAAAAAUGGGCUGGUUCUGGGGCGCCACCGCAGACGACAAGAAGUCCUCCACUGACCCCCUCCGCGACCUCGACCCCAGUCUGCAAGCCUUCCUCAAAAAAGAAUCCCCCGUCCAAUACUCGCCCACCACACCCCCUCCAACACAACCCCAAGCGCAGCAACAACCCACCGAACCCACCUCAACCACCUCCUCCUCCGAACCCCCCGCCGACCCCGCCGCCCCCCCCACCCUCUUCAAAGACAACCGCUACGCCCACCUCUGGAAAACCUACACCCCCCAAUCCGCCAUCGAAGCAGCCACCAAAUCCGACUCCGAGAAGAUCGCCGACGUCCUCGAGGGCUACAAGUACCGCAAGGCCGAGAUCGGGCGCGCGGCGCUCGAGAACUGCGCGCUGGAGCAGUGGGAGGUGAAUGAGUGUUUCUCGAAUGGCGGGGUGAAGGCGCGUCUCACGAUGUGUAGGACGGAGAAUAAGAGUCUGGAGCGGUGCGUGGAGAUGCAGCAGAAGUUCUUGAAGGCGCUGGGGUACUUGAGUACGUUUGAUAGGGGGAAGGAUGUCGAUGAGAGGAUUCAGAUGCAUGCUGAUACGCUGUAUCAUCGUAUGUUGGCGCAGGAGAAGGCGGUGCAGGAGGCGGAGAAAGAGGGGAAGGAGAUGCCGAAGUUCGAGCCGCUGCUGGGAAAGGGCGGGAGUUCGGUUACGGCGAUUACUCCUGCGGAGGCGGCGGCGGCGAAGGAGCAGGUGCCGGAGAUACCGAAGACGAGCCCGCUGUCGAAACUACCGCUGGAUAUCCAGGCGCAGAUUAAGGAGAAGUUGGAGGGAUUGACGGGGAUCGAGCGGGAGUUGCAGGAGAAGGCUUUGGCGGCGGAAGUGUCGGCUGGGCAGGAGGUGAAGGCGAAUUUGAAGGAUAUUUAUAAGGAUUCGAAUGCGGAGAGGCAGAAGAGGGUGGAGGAGGGGAAUGAGACGAUUGUGGACCGGGUUUCGUCGAUUUUGGGGGGUUGGAAGUAAGGAUGGGAAAGAUGUAUGAUAGAGUGGUGGAUAGGAAGGCGCGAUGCUCUGUAUGAUUGGGAUGGGAUGUAGUGUACGAAAGGGGGAGUUGGAUCUGAGCGCUGCUAUUUAUGUGUACAAAUAAGGAAAAUAUACCGGCC